GCUCUUUAUCAACAUGUCAACGAUCUUAACACUAAAGUACAAGACAGUCAAGGUCACUGAACCAUCAAGCACGCUGAGGAAAAGACCGACUGCAGUAGAUGUCUUUUCACAACAGCAACAGCACCAGCACCAUAGAUCUGCCUCCUUGCCUGCUCUGGAUGGAAAGCCAGCAUCUACACCAUAUCCUCUCUUCCUUGCAGGACUCAUCUCGGCGUUUAACUCCUUGACAUCUUCUACGGCCGCGCCCACAUCCUCGCCCACACUCCACACAUUCUUCCAGGGCGCUGACCAUGAAGCUCUUGUAGACAAUCGCGAAAAGAAAAAAGUUAUCAAAGCGCUACAAAAUGCAGAUCCUGCUAAGGUCAAUGAAGUGAUUGCUCUCUUGAAGGCUAUGCCAGACCCAACCACAAUGGCUCCUACAACAACGACGGCAACAGCACCAACACCAGGCAAUAAGAACGCCACAACGAAACAAGAGAAUAAUCAAAACAAUAAUACCAACAAUAGCAAGAAAAAGAAAAAGACACAAGAAUCUCUCGAUCUCGACAAGGAAUUGGAAGAAUGGGACAAGAUUGAUAAAAAGUGGGCGUGGGAAGUUCAAAAGAGUAACGAUCAAACCACAGGUGUGGUCGAUCCUCAGUCCUGUAUCGGCAUCACAUCGCCUGCAUGGUGGUUCUCAACUUCUACUCCCUCAUCGCCAAUCCCUGCAGCUACUACAGCUACGGCUACAGCUACGGCUACAGCUACUAUCACUUCUAAGGAUGAUAAAAAGAGCUCUACAAACUCAACUGGAUACGGAUCUCUUCGGUUCAUUACAAAAUCCAGCAAACCUACACCUCCACUGCCUAUUAAGAAAGGCCUCUCCACAGGUGAGCAGAUUGCUCUCGCUGCAGCUGCUCUUCUAGCAAUAGCCGCUGUCUCAAAACCCAAGGAACUCCAAGCAGAUGCCAACGCCAAGGCAUCAUCAGGCCUCCAUCGUCAAUCCUCUAUGCCUAACCUCAAGACAAGCCCACUUAAAGCACUGCUUCAUACAUCAAAGUCUACCCCAGAUGGUUGUAAAGUAACCAACACUUCUAAAAACACCUCUUCCACAACAACAACAGUUGCUGCUGCCGCUGCUACUGCAUCUUCGCCAAUCUCGUUGGUGGCGACUAUCAAUUCAUUUUCACGCCAACUUCUCGCCUUGCAGCUCGGCUCACCUCCAACCAGUACCGUCAGCGCCUUCACUUAUUGGUGGGGAUUCGAGAUCUAUGUUCCCCACAAGUGCAUGAUCACUAUUCAACAUGUCUCCAAUACCAGUCAAAUCUUCUUUAAUAUCCUUACGAGUGCUAUCGCUGGCAUUCCGGCAUUAAGUGUUCUUGUCCCUAUUGCCAAUAUCAUCGCUUCUUGGGUUGAAUAUCAGUGGACUGCUAUUAAGUCUGAAGACUUGGGAAAGGGUGUAGUCAUCUCUGCGAUCUGGAUCCUGCCAGUUGCUCUAGCGAGUCGACCGUGGGACCACCCUUGCUGUGGCGAUGAUCCAUCAUCUUUGCAUCGAGAUCCUCUCCAACCAAAGAAGAGCUUGAAGUCAAAACUGCGGCUCAUUGGCAAGUGACAAAGUUCCUUGCGAAUUUUUAAAAAUAUACCUUGUGUAUCCAUAAUGACAUGUAUAAUAAAGAAAUAGUAUAUAAUAAAGCC